CCUAGGAUGCCGGAUGGAGUGCAAACCAAGCAAAGAAGAAAUCAAAAUAUUUAUUCCCUGUUACUAGGCCUAGGGUUCUUAUGUGCUCACGAUCUUCGUCAUGGCACGAUCCUCCCACCGCGAAGAUUUAAGCUCCGUAAUGGAUUCUUCGCUCUAUCCUCGACGAUGCAGCUCCUCUAUGCCUUGCUUCUUCUCUUGAUUCUCGGCGAUGCCAGUGCUGCUGGGGAGUAUUCAGAGGAUGGCGAUGAUCAGGACGAAACAUCCACUGAUCUCACGACUGUCGUGCAAGGAUUUGUCUCCUGCCAGGAUUGUGAUGGAAAUUUCGACAAGCCCUCCCCAGGAGCAUUGGUGAGAGUGGAAUGCCGCGAUGGGAGCUACGGCGAGGCCGCAUCGAACCGCGAUGGCUUCUUCCAGAUCAAAUUCCCCCAGACCUACAAGAGCGUCUACGAUCCCCCCGAAUCGUGCAAGGCGAUGAUCCUCGCGUCGCCCGAUCGGUCGUGCGACACAGCCACGGAUCUUGGAGGCGGCAAGAAGGGCGCGGCGCUGGAAUUCGAGAAGAUUUUCAUGGGCGAAGCGUUCUACAAAACCGGCCCAUUUGCUUUCAUGCCCUACUGUACAGACGAAGACGAAGAACCCUAAAUUUCAAAAAGAGA